UAAAUGAAAAUUUAGUUACUACGUUUAGUUGCAAUUGAUAUUUCUGCGAGUGCUGUUCAUUGAAAAGGAGGAAAAGUUGUAUUUGAUUUUUUUAAUAAGUAAAAAUGCAGUUUCUUGGGUGUUGUUUGGCAGCCAUUCUUCUUAUUGCAAGUGCAUUAGCUCAAAAUAUUAAGAAUAAAAAUGUACAUUGCGAUGAAAUGAACAAUUUUGAGAAGCAAGUGUUUCGUCCAAAAUAUGGAGGUUAUAACUACGAAGUGCAUACAGAAUGUGUUAUACGAUACUACCUUUUGGACAAUGAACACGACUACUACCUGAAUUAUGGCAUUGAAAUUACGGAUUUAAAAAUCGAAGAAUCAACCGUUGACAGUUUACCAUUAAGUUUGCUGAAUCAAUUAACUAACUUAAAAGGAAUUUCAAUAACAAAUUCAAAUUUAACAUAUGUGGAUAAAUUAAGUUUGAAUGGCCUGAAACAUUUAGAUUUUACUUCUAAUGAAAUAAACAGCUUGGAUUUGAUGGCAUUUGAUGAAUGUCCUAAAUUAGAAAAUAUCGAUUUGUCAAAGAAUAAAAUUCAAAAUAUAUCUACGUCUCAAUUUAGUCUAAACAGAGAGCUUAAAAAAUUAAAUUUAUCAAAUAAUUUGUUAGAAGAAAUCGAUCUUGCUUUACAUUAUUCAUUGGAUUCCUUUGAUCUUGCUAAUAAUCAAUUAAGAAGCUUUAAUCUCGAUCUAAGUCCAACAAAAAUACAUAAUCUUAAUGUUAGUUUUAAUGCACUGACUUCAUUAAAACUAACUAAAUCUUCUGUAGAAAUAAAUGCAGAAUCUAAUGAAAUUUCAAAAGUAGAAUUUCUUUCUCUUACUCUAUGUUCUUCGUUAUUAAAAUUGAAUCUCAAUAAAAAUAAAUUAGGAAGUGAUUUGGGAGACAUUUGCAAAUGUACUAAUCUGGAAAUUCUUAUGCUCAAUUUCAAUAAUAUUGAUAACAUUAGCUCGUGUUUCUCUCAAAUGACAAAAUUAAAAACACUCAGCCUGAGAAAUAAUCAAAUCCACUAUUUAAAUCACGAUAGUUUCCACGCGGAAAAUAAAAUUGAACAUUUAGAUUUGUCUUUCAAUCAGAUUGAAAUAGUUGAUGAGUACACAAUGUCAAUUUUUUCUCAACUAAAAUAUUUAUACUUGAAUGGAAAUCAAAUUUCGAAUUUUAUGUUAAUCCCAAAAUUAUAUAUGCCAUCCCUUGAAGUAGUGGGUUUAUCCCACAACAAAUUGAGGUGCUCCACUCUCUUUACAUUAAUGAAAAAUUUCAAAAUGAAUGGUUUGGCUAUAAAUCGCGAUAGAACAGUGCCUGUGAACACAACAAAUAUCGAUGGGAUUUCAUGCUAUCAAAAUCACGAAGGAGAAUUGUUAAAAAGUCAAAAUAAUCUUGAAACUAUUUUGAAGCAGAGUACAAAAGAAGAUAUAAAUUUUAUUCUGAAGAAAAUUAACACAUUGGAAGACAAGCUGGUUAAUAUUUUUGCUUUUAAAAGAAAUAUUGAGGAAUCUGUGAAGAUGAAUACACAAGGAGUUAAUGAAAAUAAAGACCGAUUGAAUCAACAUGAAGAAAAAAUUGAAGAUUUAAAAGAAAUGCAUAGGAAAGAUGAUCCACCUAAGGUUAUGGAAGCAGUUACUGAGGAAUCUAUUGAAUACUAAUAUUGCUUUACAAUCGGUGCAAAUUUUAAUUAAUAAAUUAGUUCAAGAUUCAAGUUAGUUAUAUCGCUAUCUUACAAGACCAAAAUAUUUUUAGCAUCAAAUAUAUUAAUGUAAUAUGAAGUAAACCAUGUAAAAAAAUACUAAAAUAAAACUUUCGAAUUUGUUUUACAAUGCAUAA